AUGGACACUCACAAGCCUAGAGUUAUAGCCACAUGUAACUCAGCCGCGGCUGCGUCCUGGCGACAGAAACUUGUCGUAGUCCUCACUACACUAUGCUUAGCAAUUGGUGCCAAUUACAUUGCAGCUGCCUUGCCCACUCUGAAGACGAUUAUCCUUCAGCACACCUAUUACCAUGGUCGUCUCAUUGACAAUGCCAAGUAUGGAGUUAUGAUGUCAGCUUCUACUCUCAUCAAUACUGUUCUACCCAUCUUAUCUGGCGUCCUCGUAGACUUGUAUGGUCCUGCGCUCAUUGCCAUCUUUUUCUCGUCCAGCAUUGUUGUCGGUUCUCUUCUCUUAGCGCUUGGUGCCUCCAACGGCAACUUCAACUUGAUCAAUGCUGGCGAAAUUCUGCAUGGCAUUGGCAAUGUGACAGUCCACAUGUGUCAACUUAAACUUUAUGCACAUUGGUUUUGUGGAUCUGCUGACACCGGUCCUGGGUUACUUGGGCUCCUAACCGGCUUGGAUGUCGCCAUAGGUCGUGUUUUCGGUCUCAUCGGCACACUCACACCCAUUCCUCUAUCUGAAGCCACCGGCAAGUGGUACUGGGCUUUUUGGCUCGGAUUGAUCUUCAGUAUCUUUGCAUGGGCUCUCUCUUUGGUCUACAUGUGCUACGAAUACACUUUGCCGUCUUCUAUGCGUGUCUCCACGGCCCUCGAUGCUAAGCGUGAUUCUGCCUAUCAUCGAAUCCGCGCCUUUCUGCCCCAACUAUGGACCAAUACUAUCGAUCUUCCUGUGGCAUUUUGGAUCCUUAUUUUUCUUCAACUUCUUCAGACCGGCGUUGUCGCCACGUAUGGCAGCAACACGGUCGACAUCAUGGUCCAAACUCGUGGGCAUGCCUCUCAAGAAGAUGUCAAGCUGUCCGCUUACAAGUAUUCCAUGCAUUAUGCCAUCCCUAUUGUCUUGACGCCCCUUGUUGGCUAUGGCUUUGAUUUGUGGGGUCAUCGAAGCCAAGUCAUUAUCUUCGGAGCCGCCUUUUAUGUCAUAUCUAUGGCCCUCCUCGGGUUUUAUCAUGUACAUCCUGCUGUCCCUCUUCUAUUCGACGCUUUCGGAUACACCGUCAACAACGUUCCCUUUGUCGCUACUAUUCCUUUGCUUGUCAAAAGACCAUCGUUGAUCGGCACGGCACAUGGCUUUUGGAAAUCAUACAACGCGUCCGGCGAAACGAUCAUGCAGAUUGUCGGCGGUGCUCUUCAAGAUCGUGCCGUGUUGAAUGGUCUUCCUCAAUCGCAAAAAUACAACUAUAUGCUAUAUUUACUUCUGGCGAUGAAGGGCGUCGACUUUUUUUACGGCAUGAUAUAUCACUAUCUUGACACGCGCUACUUUGGUAGCGUCAUGCUCAUGUCUGAGAAACAACGCGCAAAACAGGAGGCUAAACUCAACGUGUCUGGUGACGCUCCGCCUGGUACUCUCUGUUCACCCCGCAUUGUUUGGACAGUUGCAGGCUGCAUCGUUUCUGUUUUGAUGAUCGCAGCUGCUUACACUAUAUUUAUCGUGUUUUGGAUAACUGACCCGGAACAUAAGCCGGGUUCAGCCUAG